CAGCCAGGAACCAGAAGACUGGGCUGUUUUCAUUAUUACUCAACAGGAGGGGAACAUGGACUUCUCUGUUUUGCCAAACAACAACCAUCCUGAUAAAUUCCUACAACUAGAUGUGAAGUCUUUAAUGAAAAACUCUGCCUUUCUACAAGCCAGUCUAGUAAAAUUUCCAGAAGCAGCUUUUCCAGGUGCACAGCAAUGGCACAACAAAGUCUAUUUACAGAGAGAAAAAAGAAAUGUCUUUGAGCAUCCUGGCUUAGAAUUGAGUGGGGUCAGCCCAACAAUGAUUGACAAAGCUCUUGGUAAACACAUAACUACUGUCACCUUGAAAUCCACCAUCAAGAGCAAUCCCUUGUACACUGACAUCCGAACUGAUGAUGACUGGGCAGAGAGGAAAAAAAACCCUUCCUGGACUGUUCAAGACUAUGACAAGCAUUCACUGCAUUCUAACCUGGCUAACUACUUAAAGGAAAAUCCUAAUGAUCUACAAUUUUGGAUGGGGGAUAUUUAUACCCCUGGGUAUGACACCUUGCUGAAAAAGAAAGAGAGAGAAAAGAAACAUUCCAAAUGCUGCUUAAUUUUCCUGCUUGUGGUAUUUGCUAUCUGCAUCUUGAUUGCAAUAGUCACUGUUAGCAUAUUAUUUACUUGA